CCUCCUCAUCAGUAUACAUUACCCCGCGAUGGCCUCCAAAACGUGGAACGUCGGAAUCGUUGGCUACGGCUUCAGUGCGAAAAUAUUUCACAUCCCCUUCGUCCAGGAAAAUCCCCAAUUCAAGCUGUAUGCUGUUGUCCAGCGGACCCCAAAGCCUGACGAUGACGCCGAAAAGGACCACCCCGGGAUCAAAUCCUACCGCAGCGCUGAGGACCUCGUCCAGGAUGCGGGGGUCGAUGUAGUCGUUAUCACCACUGCCCCAGACUCACACCACUAUCUGGCCAAGUUGGCACUGGAGAACGGAAAGCACGUCAUCUGCGAGAAACCGUUUACCCCAACCUACAAAGAAGCCGCUGAGCUCGUCGAUAUCUCCAAGAAGCAGAACAAGUUCCUCGCCGUAUACCAGAACCGCCGCUGGGACGCCGACUUCGUCACCCUCUCCAAGCUCGUAAAAACCGGCCAGCUCGGCCGCGUCGUCGAAUUUGAAACCCACUUCGACCGCCACCGCCCUGAAGAACCCGCUCCUACCGUUUCGAAAUGGAAGAACAAGGUUGUACCCGGUGGCAGCGCGAUCCACGAUCUUGGCUCUCACCUGCUCGAUCAGGCGCUGUAUCUGCUCGGCAAGCCGGAGCGGGUGACGGGGUUCGUGGGCUCGCAGCGCGAGGUCAAUACCUCCGGCUUUCAGGACUCGUUCACAGUUCUGCUGCACUAUAAGAGCGGGACGCUGGUGACGGCGAAGGCGGGCGUUGUGAGUCCGGAGGAAGAGCAGUUGAGGUUCUGGGUUAGGGGAGAUAAGGGCAGUUUCAAGAAGUUCCACCUCGACUGUCAAGAGGAUCAACUCAAGGCUGGUAUGAGGCCGGGCGAUAGCGGAUACGGCAGAGAGCCGAGCGAGAGAUACGGAACCCUGACCACCAUCAAGGACGGCAAGCCCGUCCGCGAGGUCACUCCUACAGUCGAACCCCCUACCUAUUCAGAAUACUACAGGAAGAUUGCCCGCGCUCUGGCCGGCGAGGGCGAGCUGCCUGCUAGCGGAGAGGAGGCGGCUGAGGUUAUCCGGCUGAUUGAAUUGGCGCAGGAGAGUUCCAAGCAGGGCAAGACACUGGACUUCUAA